AUGACUGUGACACUUCAUUUGAGAGCUGAAACUAAGCCAUUGGAAGCACGUACCGCUUUAACUCCAACAACUACUAAGAAGUUGCUGGAGAAGGGUUUCAAAGUGUAUGUUGAAGAAAGCGCACAAUCCGCGUUUGAUAUUGAAGAUUACAGAAAGGUUGGAGCCAUUAUUGUCCCAACAGGAUCAUGGAAGACUGCUCCACGUGAUAGAAUUAUUAUUGGGUUGAAAGAAAUGCCAGAAACGGACACUUUCCCUCUAGUUCAUGAGCAUAUUCAAUUUGCCCAUUGUUACAAGAACCAGGCUGGUUGGGAGGACGUCUUGCGUCGUUUUAAGAACGGGAAUGGUGUGUUAUAUGACCUUGAGUUCUUGGAAAACGACCAAGGCAGAAGAGUAGCAGCCUUCGGGUUUUACGCUGGGUUUGCUGGUGCUGCAGUGGGUAUCAGGGACUGGGCUUUCAAGCAAACUCAUGCUGACUCUGAGAAUUUGGGCGCCAUCGAACCUUACGAAAAUGAGACUGCCAUGAUCAAGGAUGUUCGUAGAGAUUACCAGGAAGCUUUGAAGAAAGGAGCUAGAAAGCCUAAGGUAUUGAUUAUUGGUGCAUUAGGUAGAUGUGGUUCCGGUGCUGUUGACUUGUUGCGCAAGUGCGGUUUGCCGGAGGAGAAUAUUAUCAAGUGGGAUAUGAAGGAAACUGCUCGCGGGGGGCCAUUUCAAGAAAUCGCAGAUGCAGACAUAUUCAUCAACUGUAUCUACUUAUCCAAGCCAAUUCCCCCAUUCAUUAACAACAAGCUUUUGAAUAAUCCUAACAGAAGGUUGAGAACUGUUGUCGAUGUUUCUGCAGACACAACAAACCCUCACAAUCCCGUUCCAAUUUACUCUAUAAAUACAACAUUCGAUGCUCCAACAGUAGUGGUUCCAACAACUGCAGGUCCAAAACUUUCAGUGUGUUCAAUUGAUCAUUUGCCAUCAUUGCUUCCAAAAGAGGCCUCAGAGUCAUUCUCUCGUGAUCUCUUGCCUUCCUUGGAACAACUUCCCCAAAGAGAUACAGCUUCUGUUUGGGUCAAGGCAAGAAAGCUCUAUGAGAAAUUCUCCGCUAAGGUUGGAAGGACUUCAAAGCUAUAG